CUGCCGACCAACGGGGAGGUACGGCCGAUUUCUGAGUGUGACUUCUUCAAGUAAGCUCUCACACACACCACUCCUGAAAUCAUGGUGUUCAUUCGAAUAAAAUUAUUCGCAGUGGGGGAUGCUGGCUCUGGUAUCACAAGUCUCCUAGUAGUAUUCUUAACGAAUGUUUUGCCAGAAGACCAUGUGCCAACAAUAUUUGAAAAGUGUAUACAUGACAUGGAAACUGAUGGCAAACAGGUGCAGCUCCGCCUAUGGUACAGACCAUGCCCUGAUCACUACGACUCGCUGCGUAUCCAUUCUUAUUCAGGCACAGAUGUCUUUCUAAUAUGCUUCUCUAUUGCCUCUCCAGACUCCUUGCAAAGUAUUCUAGAUAAAUGGAGUUCAGAAGUCCAACAUUAUUGUCCAAAGGUUCCUAUUAUUGUAGUUGGAAACAAAAAGGAUCUACGAGACGAUGCUGCAACUAUUGAAGAACUUAGGAAGGUAGAUCAAGAGCCAGUGAAGCCUGAGGACGGACAAAACAUGGCUGAGAAAAUAAAUGCUUAUGCCUACGUAGAAUGUUCAGCCAAAACUACGGAAGGAGUUCAAGAAGUGUUUGAAACUGCUGUCAAGGCCGCACUGGACCAUGGGGCUAAGAAGAGUAGAUGCACCCUUUUGUAAAGAUUACUUGCGAUGAAAUGAGAAAUGAAUAUACAACGUAUUCUGUCAAAGUGAUGCCUCGAGGUCAGUACUUCUGGCUUCCCUUCUUUCGACUUCCGUUAUAGUGCCUCGGUAUACACAUUCUUCCAAGGAUCCAGAGUGACCAACAGCUAUGUGUUCUUCAAUUCCGUACCAUUCACCAGUCAAGACAGCAGGAAGCCUAUCAAUAUUGACAGCACUUUGGAAAACAGAUAAUAAAUGUAAAUGAUAUUCAGAUUGAUUAUUGAUAAUCCUAGUGUGUUCGUUACCCCAGACAGGAAGUUUAGUAAAGGGUGUUUAAGUUUAGACAAGAAUUGUGAAAUUUAGCCACAAAAACGGGCUUGGUUUAAAUGGUUGGGAGAAAUACAACACCAGGUGCACAGGCAAAGGGGAGACAAAUAUAUCAUGUCUGUUUACAGCAUUGGUUGCUUUAUACAAACUUGACCAACCCAAAUCUUUUAUACAACAAAUCACGUGUCUGCUCAGUAAAUUGUAUUACAAGUGUAAAAUAUUUUGAAAAUUAAAAACUUUCCCUGUGAGCGCGACGUAUUUAAGUGAAUGUUAAAAGGGUUUUCAAAAACGUUUAUUACUUAUUUCAUUGAUAAAUAAUGCACGUUUGACGAUAAGUAUUUGUUAUAUAGAUUGUUUAGAGUUUUUUUUGUAUAUGACGAAUUAGGCUUUGAUAUAGGUUAUGGGGCUAGUUAGCUGAAGGCAAACUGCAUUGGUCUACAAAAUUUAUCGUGGUGUCUCAUUGAUAAUGCUUAUUACUGUAUAAUUAUUAUUUGUUAAUAUAAGUUAUUCUUAUACUCUCAUUCUUCUAACACAUUCUAUUUUGUUCGACAGACGUCGUCAAAAUAUGAUUUUAUUUUAUGCAUAUUAUUUACUUAAAUAUUCUACUUUUUUGUAGAUUCAUUUUCUUUCUUAGCUGGAUAAACGAACUCUGGAAAGUGCAGCAUGAUCAAUUCAAAGUGACUCGUUUCAUGUUUAAAGAAGUUUCUUUGUAAUUGUGCAUCUCAUUUGUCAAGAAAGGAAGUCAUACUUUAAAGCAGUAUUACGGUCAUGGAUUAAAUAAUCUCC